AUGGCUCAAUCAACAAAGGCUGUAGCAGAGAAGCUUGACGACUCUACCAAGGGCCUUGCAUCAAGCACUGCUGCGCAGCAAAGUGACAAUGUUGCUCACGCGCUUGCCGGAGCUGGAGGAGGCUUGGUUUCCAUGGCUUUGACAUACCCUCUCAUCACUCUUUCAACUCGCGCUCAAGUCGAAUCCAAACGAGCGCAUUCGUCUACUCUCGAUGCAGUCCGGCGCAUCAUUCAGCGUGAGGGCAUCUCGGGUUUAUACGCCGGCCUUGAUUCUGCACUUUUCGGUAUCAGUGUGACCAACUUUGUCUACUACUAUUGGUAUGAAUGGACUCGUUCAGCAUUCGAGAAGGCUGCGGUCAAGGCCGGCCGAGCAUCUAAGAAGCUCACCACAGUAGAGUCAAUGAUUGCUGGCGCCAUUGCUGGCAGUGCCACCGUACUCCUCACAAACCCCAUCUGGGUUGUGAACACGAGGAUGACUUCACGAAAGUCUGAAUCUAACGAACAGGUUCUGCCUGGGUCAAAGCCUGUCAGAGCACCGUCUACUAUCGGCACAUUGAUGUCUAUCAUCCGUAACGAGGGCCCUACACGUUUGUUCGCAGGUGUGAUGCCCGCUCUCGUGCUGGUCAUCAACCCUAUCCUGCAGUACACUCUUUACGAACAACUGAAGAACAUCGUAGAGGCAAGAAAGGGUAGGGUUACCCCUAAAGACUCAUUCUAUCUGGGAGCGCUUGGAAAACUGCUUGCAACCAGUAUUACCUACCCAUAUAUUACCAUCAAGAGCAGGGCACAUGUUGCAGGCAAGGAUGGUCCUAAGGUUGGCAUGCUAGACAGCCUACGCAACAUUAUUCAGAACGAGGGUUAUUCUGGACUUUACGGAGGCAUUGGUCCCAAGGUCACCCAAAGUGUUAUCACUGCAGCAUUCUUGUUCGCCUUCAAAGAUGCUCUUUACGAGAUGACGGUGAAGGCGAGAAGGUCUCUUGUCAAGAAGGCCUAA